AUGCCUUCGACCACUCUUCCGUCUGUGAGCCCCGUUCCUGUAUCUUCGCAACCUUCUCUUAGUCCGAUUUCUUCCCUAAACGGUGGAAAUAACGGUAACGACUAUCAUAUGCCGCAUCAUAUGCAUCAUCAGGGAAAUGCUACAAGUGCUGCUUAUCAUCAUUCCCCUCCUCUUGAGCAUGCUCAACAACCAAAUCAAGAGGUUUCAAAUUAUAGUAAUAAUGGUACAUCUGUGAGCAUGCCUUCUCCACCUGCUAGCAUUCCUCCAAUAAUUCUUGAAGCUCCUACGGCGGCUGCUCAACGUAUCGAUGAGACUCCAAUGACCUAUCUCAAUAAAGGACAAUAUUAUGGUAUAUGUUUGCAAGAUCAAGACAAAUAUGAUGGAGAAUUUACCAGUAUUGUUAAGGUUAUGUUUCACGAUGAUGCUCAUCGCAAAAUGGCCUCGACUUAUUGGAGUUUUUGGUUGACACAACAAGCGUCUCCAAAAACUGCCAGGGCUAUUGAUAUUGACAAAGCCGCUUCAACUGGAAUUAAUAACGUAGAAACUAAAACUUUUGAUAGAGUGCAAUUUCGAUGGAAUGGCAAAAAGGGUAUUCCUCUAAGAAUACAUAUAGAGACUAAAACUGAAAAUGGUGCGACUAGCAACUCUAUUGAGAAGGCCUUUGCAAAAGUUAAACUUUUUAGAGAUAAGGGUGCUGAACGUAAAAAUAAAGACGAUCAAAAGCAUCUUGAAAAGAUGGUUGAAAAAAUGAGGGGUAAAUCAUCACAAGAACCUACAUCACCCAUGAUCAUGAUGUACGCACCUCCGAAUGCUAUGACCGUAUUUACAGAAAUUACUGGAAAUAAUGAUGCUUCUGAUGAUGAAGAAGUUCAAAGCCUGUCCGAAACGUUGAAUAACCUUGAUCCAGACGUAGAAGGUGGUGAACUCAUGACUCUUCAGUUAGGUAAACGUAGGAGAUUUUCCAUGGGUCCUGAUUUCUUAGAACCUUUGGAUUGUGAUCCAACGUACAUUCCACAUUUACGAAAACGUCGUGCUGUUCUCUGCAUUUAUGUUAAAUUACCUGGUGAAUCCGCAUAUCGCGCUGUUUAUCUCAACCACCUUACGGUUCAAGAUCUUAUAUCAAAGCUUUCCGAUAAACUAUCUGAAAAAGUUGACCUUCAAGGUCAAACUAUUACGAAUGUAAUUAGGUGCACUAAGCGUAAUCUAACUGUUCGUCUUGAUGAUGAAUCAAUUCAUCAAAUUGAUGACGAACAAGACAUGGAAGUAGAGAUUGAUUUAGGAAUAUUAUUGAAAAAAAAAGAUGGCCUUGCUAAUAAUUUUGAUAUUUUUGAUAUUUUUUGUGGUAUUGAAUUUUAA